GAAGCUACCGGCCGGCACCGGCUGCGGAGUCUCCAGUAGAUCUAACGCUCAACAUAGGGUCGGAUGACUCCGACCUCCGUCGGUCUGAGCUACUCGACCCUCCCUGGAACAGCAUGACAUUUACUGAGAGCAACCACGCUGAGACAGCCUCCCACCUUCAGUAA